AUGUCGGUGAAGGAAGGGGCGCAGCGCAAGUGGGCGGCGCUGAAGGAGAAGCUGGGACCGCAGGACUCGGACCCCACCGAGGCCAACCUGGAGAGCGCGGACCCCGAGCUGUGCAUCCGGCUGCUGCAGAUGCCCUCUGUGGUCAACUACUCGGGCCUGCGCAAGCGGCUGGAGGGCAGCGACGGCGGCUGGAUGGUGCAGUUCCUGGAGCAGAGCGGCCUGGACCUGCUGCUCGAGGCGCUGGCGCGCCUGUCCGGCCGCGGGGUGGCCCGCAUCGCCGACGCCCUGCUGCAGCUCACCUGCAUCAGCUGCGUGCGCGCCGUCAUGAACUCGCAGCAGGGCAUCGAGUACAUCCUGAGCAACCAGGCCUACGUGCGCCAGCUGUCCCUGGCUCUGGACACGUCCAACGUGAUGGUCAAGAAGCAGGUGUUCGAGCUGCUGGCUGCCUUGUGCAUCUACUCACCCGAGGGCCACAUGCUGACCCUGGACGCCCUAGACCACUACAAGACGGUGUGCAACCAGCAGUACCGCUUUAGCGUCAUCAUGAACGAGCUCUCUGACAGCGACAACGUGCCCUAUGUCGUCACCCUGCUCAGUGUGAUCAAUGCCAUCAUCCUGGGCCCUGAGGACCUCCGCACCCGCACCCAGCUGCGCGGGGAGUUCACUGGGUUGCAGCUGCUGGACAUUCUGACACGGCUACGGGACCUGGAGGACGCCGACCUGCUGAUCCAGCUGGAGGCCUUCGAGGAGGCCAAGGCGGAGGACGAGGAGGAGCUCCUGCGGGUCUGUGGCGGCGUCAACAUGAACAGCCACCAGGAGGUGUUCGCUUCUGUGUUCCACAAGGUGAGCUGCUCCCCGGCCUCCGCCCAGCUGCUGUCCGUGCUGCAGGGCCUGCUCUACCUGGAGCCCGGGCUCCCCUCCAGCCAGCUGCUCUGGGAGGCUCUGGAGAGCCUGGUGAACCGGGCCGUGCUCCUGGCCAGCGAUGUCCAGGAGUGUACCCUAGAGGAGAUGGUGGAGCGGCUCCUGGCUGUCAAGGGGCGGCCACGCCCAAGUCCCCUGAACAAGGCCCACAAGAGUGUCCAGGCCGACCUCGGCCAGAGUCGGAGGGGCAGCGUGCCCCAAAACAGCGGCGCCCCGAAGCCGGGCGUGGAGGACCAGCAGCCCGAGGCGGACCUCACCAGCCGGCACAUGGUCGACGUCCAGAGCACAAGCAGUGUGACUGCCCCAGAGCCGAAGGGCCUGGAGCCGCAGGCGCCCACCCCGAUCCCCCCUGCACCCCCACUGCCUGGCUUGGGGGCAGGGCUCUUCCCCCCCCCUCCCCCUCCACCGCCCCCACUGCCAGGCCUGGGGGCCCCAGCUCCCCCACCCCCUCCACCGCCCCCACUGCCUGUCUCUGGUGGGGCCCAGCCUCCCCCACCUCCGCCACUCCCGGGGUGCCCACCGCCACCCCCACCGCCUGGCAUGGGCGCCCCUCCACCCCCACCCCUGCCGGGUACCUCUGGCUCCUCUGCGGCGGGUGGCGGCGAGGAGGAGAUCAUCGUGCCCCACAGGGACCCGGGCCUGGGCUCUGCCUGGGUCCCGAGCCACCGGCGAGUAAACCCUCCCACUGUGCGCAUGAAGAAGCUCAACUGGCAGAAGCUGCCGUCCAACGUGGCGCAAGAGCACAGCUCCAUGUGGGCCUCGCUGAGCUGCCCGGGCGCCCUGGUGCCGGAGCCUGACUUCUGCAGCAUCGAGCGGCUCUUCUGCUUCCCCGAGGCCAAGGCCAAGGAGCCGGCGGCCGCCGCCGCCAGGAAGGAGCCCAAGGAGGUCACGUUUCUGGACUCGAAGAAGAGCCUGCAUCUCAACAUCUUCCUGAAGCAGUUCAAGUGCUCCAACGAGGACGUCGCUGCUAUGAUCCAGGCUGGGGACACCAGCAAAUUCGACGUGGAGGUUCUCAAGCAGCUCCUCAAGCUCCUUCCUGAGAAGCACGAGAUUGAAAACCUGCGCUCCUUCACAGAGGAGCGGACCAAGCUGGCCAACGCCGACCAGUUCUACCUCCUUCUGCUGGCCAUUCCCUGCUACCAGCUGCGGGUGGAGUGCAUGCUGCUGUGCGAGGGCACGGCCGUCGUGCUGGACAUGGUGCAGCCCAAGGCCCAGCUGGUACUUGCUGCCUGCAACAGCCUGCUCAACAGCCACCGGCUGCCCGUCUUUUGCCAGCUGAUCCUCAAAAUUGGAAACUUCCUCAACUAUGGCAGCCACACGGGGGAUGCUGAUGGCUUCAAGAUCCAAACACUGCUGAAGCUCACGGAGACCAAGUCCCAGCAGAGCCGUGUGACGCUGCUGCACCACGUGUUGGAGGAGGCGGAGAAGAGCCACCCGGACCUCCUGCAGCUGCCGCAGGACCUGGAGCAGCCCUCCCAGGCCGCAGGGAUCAAUCUUGAGAUCAUCCGUUCCGAGUCCAGCAGCAACCUGAAGAAGCUUCUGGAGAUGGAGCGGAAGGUGUCCUCCUCUGUUCCAGAGGUGCAGGAGCAGUACAGCCAGCGCCUGCAGACCAACAUCAAGGCCUCCCGGGCGCUAGAUGAGGUGUUCCAGGCCAUCGAGCAGAAGAAGCUAGAGCUGGCCAGUUACCUGUGUGAGGACGCCCAGCAGCUGUCCCUGGAGGACAUGUUUGGCAUCAUGAAGACUUUCCGCGACCUCUUCAUCCGCGCCCUGAAGGAGAACAAGGAGCGGAAGGAGCAGGCGGCGAAGGCCGAGAGGAGGAAGCAGCAGCUGGCGGAGGAGGAGGCGCGGAGGCCGCGGGGCGAGGAUGGGAAGCCUGUCAGGAGGGGCGUCGGGAAGCAGGAGGAGGUGUGUGUCAUCGACGCCCUGCUGGCCGACAUCAGGAAGGGCUUCCAGCUGCGGAAGACGGCCCGCGGCCGAGGGGACGCGGAGGGGGGCAGCAAGGCGGCCGCCGCAGACCCCCCGAGGGACAGGGCGCCUGCGGCCGCCAGAGGCCCCGCGGGAGGCGGCGGCCCCACCUCCGAUCCCCGGGGCUUGGACCUCGCGGACGCCAUCGCCCCCAGCCCGCAGCCCGCCGUGGAUGCACCCGAGGACGGCGGGCCCGGGCCCCAGGAGAGACGCUCUUCCUGGUACACCGAUGCCAGCGAGUUCCUGGCCCCCGAGGACCCCCAGGGGCCCCUGCCUCCUCAGGGCGCCUGGCCAGUGGUGCUGGGAGGGGCCCAGGCCCUGAAGCCUCUCAGGAUCUCGGGUGACAAGCCCUCCGGGGCCCAAGACGCUGAAGAGCCCACAGCCCCUCGGGGCGUCUGCCUGGCCGAGGCCGACAGCACCGUCCCGGCCCCGCAGGAGGCAGCCGCCCGCGGCCGCAGCGCCGACCCCCCCGCCACAGGCCCUGUCGGGGACGGGGACGGGGAUGGGGACCAGGAGGACACAGCUCCAGACUCUGCGCUGGACACAUCCCUGGACAGAUCGUUCUCUGAGGACGCAGUCACGGACUCCUCGGGGUCCGGCACUCUCCCCAGCGCCCGGGGACAGGCCUCGAAGCGGAUGGGCAGGCGAAGGAAGAAGCGCCCCUCCAGGAGCCAGGAAGAGGUUGUCCCUGACCCUGAUGAUAAUAAAACAAAAAGAUCGUGUGUGAUUCAGUAAGGCCUCAGCCUUAAGCCCAAAGCCAAGUGAGCGUGCCCGCGGCUGCCCCCCCCAGCAUGGGUCACCGGAUGUGCCGCUGAGUGGGGCUCCCCUGGGCCAGGCUGGAACCGGGCCCCUGGGAAACCAAAACUCUGUGCCUUACCCUCCAGGGACGUGGGGCUCCCCGAGCUUCUUGGGGCAUUCUGGCCGAGACCCCAACAGGCCCGGCCCCGGCCCCGGCCCCUCCUAGACAGCCUGCACGCCCCAGCACCCCGCGGUCUGCUUCCUGAAUGCCGAUGGCCGCGCCUGCACCCACACCCGCAUGCACCACAGCGCUGCCCGCAGGGCUGAGUCCCCAGGGCAGGGGCCGAGUCCCCAGGGCGCCAGCUUACAGGCCUCCAGCCACGCGGCCCCGGAUGUUUCUGGAGACCGGCCCUCGAGCCCUCUCCCCACAAAGCCACGGGAGCCCCCGACCCUGCCGCCGCCCGUCCCAGGCCCCGGCCCCGGCCCCCUGCUCCCGCUCUGCGCCUCCACCUGUUCAGCUGCGCUGGAGCAGAGCGGGUUUUAACUGAAAUAGGAUUGCGUAUGCCCUUCUGCUCUUCUGUGGUAGCUGAGUUGUGCGUGGACCGGCGGGCGAUCCCACGGAGUUGGCCCCCAUCCCGGUACAUCCAGCCCUGGGGUAGCACGGCGUCCGCCCUCGCUGCCACGGCCAGGGCCUGGCCACCUUGUCAACGGAGUGACCCACCCUGCCACCGCCACCUCCUCCGGAGAGCCGGCCGCGACGCCCCCGGGCUGAGAGGUAGCCCAAGGCUGGCGUCUGGAGAGGCUCAGACCAAUAAAGGAGAACUGGCCCAGGGA